CUCUCCGCACACCACGUUCCUAUUUCCAAAAUGCUGAAGCGUUUGAACAAAGUGUUCUUACUUAUACUUAUUUUUCUAAUGAUCGUUAAUAAGUCAAUUGCGAACAUUUCUAAUUGCACUUUCUUUGAUACUGUAGAUCUUUCGGGUAUUAAAAAAAAGAAUCAUGAAUAUGAGUAUGGGGUAAUGAAAAUUCCGUUCAAUCAAACGGGAAAAUAUAGUUAUUUGAAGUUGGUAAACGGAUCCACUGUGUCAACGAAAAGACAUAGAAGAGCUUGUGUUUGUAAAAACAAAAGCUGCAUCCGGUUUUGUUGCCCCCAAGAGAAUAAAUGGCGCCCUGGCAUCUGCACCGAUAGUCUGCAGAAUGAGUAUUUCAAAAUGGAACCUAUCAUGAACAUAACCUUCAAGGAUCAGAUAAUCUUAAGGGACUAUACCUGUGAAGAUCUUAACAUCCAAUGGUACACAUUUUUUGAGGACGAAACCUUUUUACUUCAAGCCUUCGACUGGUCCUCAAAUAAGGAGUUCCAAAUCUUUAAACAUUCAUCGAAGUUGGUGCCGGCCGUGCGUGAGAUCGGUGAAAUUUCACUGUUAUGCUAUAUACUUACAAUGGCUGUGUAUCUAUAUGUGAAAAAGCUUCAAAAUUUAGGCGGCAAGUGCUUUACUUGUUGCCUAUUCUGUAUGUUUAUGAAAUGCUUUUUCUGGGUGCUGAAUUCUUGGAAUUUACUGAAGAACAUUCACUCUGUAGCAGGUUAUACGACUUACUUCUUUUGGAUGGCUUCCUUUCUUUGGUUCUUUGUCUUAAAUCAUGUAUUUUGGGAGAGUUUUGGGGGUGACAAAACUAAACCUCCCCGGUUUUGUUUCCAGACCUAUUCAAUAUUUGUCUGGACUAGUGCGGCUGUCCUAACCAUACUCAUCUAUCCAGUAAAUUCUUUUUUGAAGAUCGGCACACAGAACAUGUGCCGGUAUUUCGUUAUCUUAGAGGAUUGGAACUGGCUUCCCGGUAUCUACUAUGGACCAAUGCUAUUUCUGAGUAUCUGUAGUAUGAUUUUUACAAUCCGGACGGGAAGAACAAUUCGAAAGCAAUUAAAGGAUCUGAAGAAAUGCAACCCACUAGUGGAUGUCACCAGUUCCUUAAUGUGGUUGCGGUUGUGUACGAUUUUGGGAGUUACUUGGAGCUUGGACUUAAUAAUCUGUACAAUGCAGACUUAUCGCUUUUGGCCACAGGUCCUGUGGUUGGGCGAUUACUAUCAUGCGGCCUUUGGUAUUCCCAUUUUUGUGCUGCUUAUCCUUAAAAGCAGCACUUUUCAGCUACUCAAAAAAGGGAAUGGGGAUAAGAAUCAGCAAAAGCAUCCAGAGGCCAAUAUAGCCGAUACAGCCUGCUAGCCAAACAAAAAGUAUAUACGAAUUGUCAUUAGGUCAAAUGUGGGGUAAGAUGUGGCUGCAACCUGUUAAGUACCUUAGGUUUCUAUAAUUAAGUUUACAAU